AUGGACGAAAAAACGCCUGCCAGCAUGUUAAUAGACGAAGGUUCCGAGUCCGACGUGGAGCUUGGAAUUCUUGCGUGGACGAGACCAACAAACACGAAUGACGUGAAUAACGAGACUGAUAGUUUUAAACAGUGCAUCCAAUUUAUGAUGGGGCUCAUUGUUAUCAUGUCAAUGGCACUGAUCUUGUUGCUUAUCUUUGAGCCAAAGUCUAAUGGCUUACGUUGA